AUGAAGCAACAUGUCACGUUUUCUUGUAGGCCAGAAAUGAAUGAAAGACUGUCAGACAGCAUGUUAUCUUUGGUAGCGAACACAUUGUUCUGUGAACUGAAAGAAAAGUUUACUUUCGCUAUGCCUAGGGUCGUACCAGACCAACGGGCAACGUUUGAAAACGACGAAUUGUUUAGAAAGCUGAGCCGAGAGAGUGAGGUGAGAUAUACUGGUUUUCGUGAUAGACCUAUGGAAGAACGACAAAUCAGAUUUCAAGCCGAGACACGCGAAGGACACGCAGAUAUUGCAUUUGUUUGCACUGGAACAAACUUACAGUUGAAUUUUGUUAGAGACGCGUGGUCCGAGAGAGCAGAGGACAGAAUUGCUACCCCGGAGUUUGUUAACUUUGACCUAGAACCUGGCAAGGUUCAUCUGAAAUCUCAGUUUAUAUUAAACGGUGUCUGUGUUGUUUGGCGGGGCUGGGUUGAUCUGGAACGGUUGGAUGGGAUAGGCUGCUUGGAGUUUGAUGAAGAAAGAGCAGAG